CACGAAAAUAAACGUAAAGGUCCUGCUCAUCGACGAACGAGGACCUCGGAAGGUAAACCUAAGUCAUGUUUACUCUUAACAGUUGCCGACAACUGUUAACUUCAGUGCUUGCUAAAGAUGUUGCGGAUGGAUACCUGAAAGUAGCAAAGUAUAGCUCUUUGACCCUCGGAGCGCGAUAUGGCACUAGGUUCAGUCACCGAAGUUGUGUUAAAAGGUCGAUUAAACAAUGUCACCUGCAUGCUGCUGCUGCUGCUGGUCGUAUGGUUCCAAAGAGACACUGCUCAGAGAUGAUGAUUGAACCAAAGAGGAGAGGGCUUCAAGAGAAGAAGGAGGAGGACAAUAGUCCUGCAGGCCACAGUAAUUUCAAUAUCGAUGUGAUUGUAUCUCUACUCCGUCAGGAAAACGCAGUGGACAUCUGCGUCAUCAAAAUACCAGAAGAGCUCAAUUAUUCAGACUACUUUAUAGUCGUUAGUGGUAUUUCACCGAGACAUCUGAGCGCAAUGGCCCAUUAUGCUAUUAAAGUGCAUAAAUAUAUGAAGAGUGAGUGUGAGCCCCACGCUAAACUGGAGGGAAAGGAGGCUGAAGACUGGAAGUGCAUUGACUUUGGUCGAAUGGUUCUUCACCUCAUGUUGCCGGAGACCAGGGAGGUUUAUGAACUGGAGAAGCUGUGGAGCCUUCGCUCCUUUGAUGAGCAGCUCAGGAGCCUGCCUGCUGAGACCCUACCAGAAGACUUUAUUUAUGGUUUAAAAGAGACCAAGUAAGGGCCAUGGACUGAAAUCAAAGGCACAUGACUAUACCUCAAAUGGUUUGAACUUCGUAAAAGUGUGAAUCAAAGUUUUAAGGUUUUAUUAUGUUGUGUAUAUUUUGAAUAUCUUAUACCUGUGCAUAGAGGAGCAAUAAACAUUUUUAAUUUUAAAACCUCAAAUGUUUUGUUAUAAUUGAGCCCCUUGAUUAAUUUAUUCUAAUAAUUUUGUUCUGCUUACAUUUACCUCAAUUUAUAAUACAUAUAUAAUUUCAAGUUUGGUUCAACAAUAAAUGUACACAUUCAUUCGUAUAUUUGAUAUAAAUUAUAUUGCAUCAAAUGCAAACAUUAUUGAUAUUGCUAUCUAUUGUGUAUAAUCAUCACUACCUUAAUACCCCUGCAACAUUUUAGAAUUUUUUAAUGGCUCACAUUUUUAUUAAUAUCUUAAUAAAGUAGCCUCCACA